CACUGUGUUUAAUAUUGUUGAAUUGAGAUUAUAGUUUUGGUCUAAGCUUCCGGCUAUCAGUAAGAUGAAGUUGACUUAUUUUUUCCUUAUCUGCGUUUUUGUUGCCGCUUCUGUGGCAAGUGAACCCAAGGUGAAGAUAGGGGUCAAAAAGCGCGUGGAGAACUGUACCAGGAAGUCCAAGAAUGGAGACUUGGUCCACGUCCACUAUAGGGGUACGUUGCAGGAUGGUUCUGAAUUCGACAGCAGCUACUCUCGCGGCACUCCCUUUUCCUUCACACUGGGUGCCCGCCAGGUGAUCAAGGGCUGGGAUCAGGGAAUCCUCGGAAUGUGUGAAGGCGAGCAGCGGAAACUAACUAUUCCCCCAGAGCUGGGAUAUGGAGCCGGUGGAGCUGGUGGCGGUAAGAUCCCACCCAACGCUGUGCUCCACUUCGACACGGAAUUGGUAAAAAUCGAAUCGCGUUCUGGAUCUGAAGAACUAUAAAAUAAAUCAGGCUAUGAAUAGUCAUGCUACAUCCAAAGUUGACUUACCUUUAAAGUUAUAAACACUUAAUGCUCAAAUAAUUUUUAUACAUUUUUCAAUUAUUCAGUGCAUUCAAUUUAAAUUUUAAUUUUGUGCUUUGCAAAAGAAAAACUUAUUGCAACAAGACUCGUUUGAAAAAAACCUACAAUUCUUUGGCCAAAAGUUUAAAUCUUAUUUUAAUUUAAUUUUGACGUUCUGAAGCCACGUAACAAUGUAAUAAAAUAAACAAUGUCAUUCCUUUUUACUAGA